AUGGUGCAGAGGUACCCACAGAACAAGAACAAAGGGAAGAACAAACCUGUUUUCAACAAGCCUACCAAGACUACUACCUUCAAGAAGAAGAAGUUCAACAAGGCUGAGCUAGAUUGCUAUGCAUGUGGGAAGCCUGGACACUUUUCCAAGGAAUGCCCUGAACGUGCAGACCGCAGAGGGAAAACAAGCUCCAAGACUGUCAACAUGGUGACCGCUAGCAAUACUGAUGGGUAUGGACAUUCCAACAAGAGAGUGUUGGCGAUGAGCAUGAGGUGCCCCCCUCAGUGCAAGGUUGGCAAGUGCGACAAAGGUUGCCCCGCCGACAUGUGCACGGUGGUCUGCCCCAGCUGCAAGACAGUGUGCUUGUGUGACUUUUACCCUGGCAUGGUGUGCGGUGAUCCACGUUUCACCGGGGGUGACGGCAACAACUUCUACUUCCACGGAAAGAAAGACCAGAACUUCUGCACCAUAUCUGACAGUAACCUGCACAUCAAUGCUCAUUUCAUUGGCAAGCGCAACCCGACUAUGAGCCGUGACUUCACCUGGAUCCAAGCUCUCGGCAUCAGCUUCAGCAACCACCGCCUCUAUAUAGGUGCCCGGAAGACUGUUAAAUGGGACAGCGAGGUUGAUCGCCUUGAGCUCGCCUUCGACAACAUGCCCAUUGACAUCCCCGCAGAGAUCGGCAGGCAAUGGCAGUCUGAUGUUGUCUCAGAUCUAACCGUCAUGAGGUCUGCCAUGACCAAUGGCGUGAGAGUGCAGCUCAAGGGUGUAUUUAACAUCAUGGCCAACGUGGUGCCUAUCACAAAGGAAGACUCCCACAUCCACAACUAUGGAGUGACUGACGAUGACAGCCUUGUACAUCUUGACAUCAGUUUCAAGUUUCAUGACCUCACGGACGACGUCCAUGGCGUGCUUGGCCAGACCUAUCGCACCGACUAUGUCAACAGGUUCAAUGUAAGCGCCAGCAUGCCUGUCAUGGGUCGCACCGCCAACUACUUAUCCUCUGACAUCUUCUCCGCAGACUGCAAAGUUGCUCGGUUCGGCCACCACGCAGGAAUCUCCACGGUUACUGCCAGGGUCAAUUAA